CAACAGUACACGUCCUUUUAUCAGUUUAUAUUGAGCAAUGGCGGAGAGUUGCGCGGGAAGGCCCGAACUCCCUUUGUUUUCCGCCGAGGAAGUGCAACAGCAUAACUCGGAGAAAGAUUUUUGGAUCAUACACCGUGGAAAGGUGUACGAUGUUAGUGAAUUUCUGGAGAGACAUCCCGGGGGGAAGGAUAUUUUGCUGCGGUUCGCGGGCAAGGAUGUGACUAAAGUGAUGACUCAAGAUGAUCUACACAGACAUACAAAUUUUGCAUAUGGCUGGCUUGGAAAAUACCUGAUAGGACGCUUAAAGGGAGAGGUUAGAAAAUUGUUUUUCUCUAGCUUUGAAACUUCUUAAAGCCCUCUAUUUUGAGUUAUUUUAAACUGGCCAUUGUACUGCUGUCGGUGAUCAGUUGUUUUGGUAAAUUAUCGAAAACAAUAUUUACAUUUAGAACCACACAGGAUUGAAUGGAAAGUUUUUACAUGUUCAGAGUACUGUUUAGCGUUUUGUGUAUUUUUUUUGUGGUAAAUUUAUGGGAUGGACAUUUACAACAUCGGAUUUGAAACAAUUUGGGUGGCCUCCUCCCGUUUGUGUUACAUAAUUUCACGCUAGACAGAUCAGCCCAUAUUUACCAUGCAUGUUACGAAUAGUCCGUUAUUUUUAAUUUAAUUCAAACCUGUUUAAUUACCUCAACCUUAAGGUAUUAAAAUUCAAUUCUUACCACGAGUACUUUUUUUCUUUGACGCAGUUAAAUAUGUUUUCGUUUUAAACUGACUCCCCAUGGUUCACUUCGCACGUAUGUUUUUUCCCUGCCGCAAGGGUUAAAAUUUCAGAAAAGCGAUUCCAUCCUAUUUGCAUUUGAAUUGAAGCAGGGACCAUUCCAGAAGCCUAAUUAAGUAGCUACUCUUUCGUAGGUUUGGUGUUGUUCGAUUUUUUGUCUUCCUUCAUUUGAACAUGAUUCUGAGAUCUUUAUCCAGGACAGGUUUAAAGUCACAAAAUUAACCGGCAAGUUACAAUAUUUAUUAUAUUUCACUCAUUUAUUAUUAAAGCAUUCCAGGAACAAAAUGUUGUCACUAUUGUCAAUAAAUAAGAAAAGAACAAUAAGAUGUGGAGGAAAGUAAACAUGUUUUGGGCAUCACCAAUUUUGUGUAAACACUUGUGUACUUAUAAGUGUCUUUGAGGGCACAAGUGCAGUUUUGUGAGGGAUGAUAUGUUUGUUUGACUGAUGGUGUGCAAACAACGAGCCUGUCUACCUCACCCUUUUGAUAGAAAUGCAUUUCAGAAGCCAUGACAACAAUGUUUUUUUUUUCUGCCACAAGUGUUAAAAGUUCAGUAAAGCACAUCCAUCCUUAUCUACAUUUGAAUUGACUCAGUAACAUUCCAGAAGCCAAAUUAAGCAGCUAUUAUGUUGUUGGUCAUCCUUUAGUUUUUGUUAAAGGUUAUUAAACUUUAUUUUCCUCCUACAUUUGAACAUGUUUCUGAGGUCUUUAUCUAGGACAGUUUGGUUUUAAAAAAUAAACAACUGAUGCAGUGUUUAUCUCUAGUAGUGAAAGAAUUUAGGGCUUUCUGGUUAUCUACCUCAGGUGCAUAACAAGUGUAUCAAGUUUGAAUCAAAUUACAAGUGUUCAUGUUUCUCCAGCAUCUCUGUUGCUUCAUUUUACUGGAAGCUCCAGGAGUGGCCAAGGCUCAGUAACUGUUGUUAUGUUGUUUGGUUCUACUUUCAAUCACCUUUUUUUUAAUUUUUUUUUUUUAACAGUAAGUGUUAAAAUGAGUAACAAAACAUCCAGAGUAAUAGAGGAGGUUUUGGAAAAGUUGAUAUUUUGCUUACAUUAUAAGCUAAUGGAACACAAUUUUUAGGUGUUUUGGCAAUGGCAUGUAAAAACUUUUGUCAAUCCUAUUGUGUCUAACUGUUUCUGUGUUAGCUAUCUGAAACUGUCAAGAGUUUUAUAUCUAUCAAAUGCUUAAUUAAUUCACUAUUUUAGGCUGUACUACUUAAGCACAUGGGUCAGCAAAUUUGCUUUUAAUUCUGCACUUUGUUUUAACAUUUACGUUAUUACAAAUUUAUUUGAAUUUAACUUUUGGAAUGCGACAGGAAUGUUAAUUAAGUUUUUCUUUUGUUUUCAAACAAUUGUUUUUUUUGUCAUGUACUUUACAUAUCAGUCUUUUAUAGAUAUAUUUAUUCUUUGUGUGAAAUGCUCUUUGACUGAGUGGAAUUAACAAUUUAGGCUUAAGAAUUUGGACUUUGGACAGUAGGUUCAUUAAAACUCCCGCCUCUUGGGCCAACUGCAUUCAAAAUACCUACCCAAGAGCUAAAUUUCUUGGUCAAAUGCCCCUCCAAACUGAGUAAAAUGUAGUAGUAUUUGAUAUUUUUAGAAAGGUUUUUGUUCAUUUAUUAUUCAAUAGCAUUUCAUGCUCUAUGGAAACAACUAUUCUUGAAAAAAAUAAGACCAGCGACAGUGACUUUCUACUCAUUGAUUAGCAAUUGAUUUGGCUAUUCAAGCUUCAAAACCUAAAAAUCACUCAACUGAAAUGUUCACUCUAGUUAUUUAACAUACCUUCAAAAAUUUUGCUCAGCUUUCAUAGACCUUUUUUUCAGAGCCAUUUGCUCAUGAGAGCAAACUCUUAACUUUAAAAACUCAUCCAUAUUCUAAAAAAAUAAUACUCAUUUGGGAGUAACUGCAGAAUACCCUGGCACUUUGAUCCACCUCAUUUACAUGUGUCGUACGGUUUUCAAGAACAAGGCAUAACACAACAGAUGCUAUUCUUUUUCAGUGAGAUGUAAAUGAGUGGCAGGGUAUUCUGAAGUUUAGCCACUUAUGUGUUCUGCAGGAAAGACUUGACACUUCCAGUUCAAAUCCCUACCCCACCAAGGCAAGGCUAAAAUUUCCCAACCUCGGGAAAGUCUUUGGGUCUAAGUUCCCUCCUCCCUGGAGAGUAGUCAAAUGCUCAUGGAUUGCUCUGGGUGGGUAGUACAGUAGGGAUUGAUGAAGAAGUGCAAACUUGAAAAUCAAUACAUUUUGAAGUAUCAACUUGAAGUAUGUAGUGUUAAAUUUACUUCUGAUCAUUAUUGUUGGUUGACUUGACUUGACUUUGUAUUAUGUAUAGGAGGAGAACAAAGAAUAUGAUUCAACAACAAGACAAAAUCUUCCUAUGGAUGGCUGGAGAGAGGUAUGAAUUUAGAUAACUGUUUUAAACAUUUUUGUUUGCUCUGUUGUUGUUUCUGUUGUUAGUACAUGUUAACUUCUUUUUGCCAUCUCUUUCAGGAUCUGGUUGACUGGAACAAAGCAAUCCUUCCACAAGUGGGGAAACUUCGUGCGGACUAUCUAAGUUGGGUUCAUUCCCCAGUUGAUCGCCCCUUGAGACUCUUUGAGUCUGACUUUGUGGAAUUCUUUUCAACCACUCCAUGGUAUGUUGUACCCAUAAUCUGGAUUCCAAUCAUACUGUUUGUAAGCUUCUUGGGCUUCCACGAUCUAACCACGCAGAAUGGAAUUGGAAGUAUCAAUCCUUAUUACCUAGAUUCCAAACUCAAGGCUUUAUCUGCAUUUUCACUGCUGUUCUUGUUUGGCAUUUUUAUAUGGUCAUUGAUAGAGUACGUCUUACAUCGCUUCUUGUUUCACUUGAUCAAUCAUGUCCCUGCUGAUGACCCAUUUUGGAUCACCAUUCAUUUUUUUCUUCAUGGGCAGCAUCACAAGGUAUGCAGUGUUUUGAGUGUCCUGUGCAUGUUGAUAACUGUUAUGUGACUGUAUCUUUGCGUUGAUAACAGAAUAUAUGUGGGAAGAUCUGAGAAAAACUGGUCAGGACUGGCUGAGCUGUGAUACCAUUAGAGUGAGGUUGUGCUGGCAAACCAAGACAAGAUCUGUGUUUUUUUUCAACAUAACAUGUUGUUAGGGUUAUUAGCAAUAUGUAAUGUUUGGUAAAAAUAUCUUGGAAGUGGUAUUCAGGGUGUGAGAACAACAUGGAAAUACAAUUGUACUCUGAAUUGAAAUCUGAUCAUCACUCCUUCUCUGUGUUUUCUUAAGGUGCCUUUUGAUAGUGGAAGACUGGUGUUUCCUCCUGUAGCUGCAGGUAUCUUGGCAUCCAUCUUCUACUUUGCAUUUGCUUUACUGUUCCCACUAGCCAUGGCCAGGAGUUUGUUUGCUGGUGGUUUGUUUGGUUAUAUUACAUAUGAUAUGAUGCAUUACUACUUACACCAUGGCUCUCCAACACCUGGAAGUUAUCUACACCAGCUGAAGAAAUACCAUGUAUCGCACCAUUUUGAAGACCAGCAGAAAGGUACAUAAUACUAUUUGUAUGUUAAUAAAACAGGCUAAGUGCCUAAGAGUGGCUAAUUGCAUGGUGGGGUCUUUUGCAGGACAGUUAUGGGGCAGGUGCAUUGUGGAGGCUGUGAUUGGUGCCUCACAAUCAUAGUCUUGCUCUGUUGAAUGGAAUAUAUUUUAAUCUUUUAGGGAAAAAUGUUUAAUUUUCAAACACUUUAAGUAAUAUAAUAACUACUGGAAUUAAAAGUAAAGAGUUUUUUGGAAAACAUUCUUUGAGAAAAAUUAAAUUCAUUUCUUCAAUAUCUACAAGGUGCUGUUCCUUUAAGCAUUUGCACAAAAUUCUAGGUGUUAUACAGUUGGUUUUGGCAUGAGCUAUUUGAAACAGUUUUGUAAAGUAUAAUAUCACUGAAGAACUGGUCCGUACUUAGCAUGCGUAUGUGUUAUGGAUGCAUGUGGGAAGUUUGGAGAGCACGAGAGAAGCAAGUGCAUCCAUAACUCAAUAUACUUGCAGCUAAAGCAUAAACCAAUUCCUUUAUAAUGCAGCAUGCAGCCUCAAACAAAAAAGAAAUAUGUUAUUACAACUGAGUCAGGUUUAUCAGGUAAUUGUGUUCAACCUGAAAACUAUUGAAUGAGUGACAAGGCUAAAAUGACCAAGAAAUAUUUUGCUUUGUGUUGAAAAUUCUGAAAAGUGUUCUAUUUUAAAGCAAAAUCUUCCAUUGAACAACACUUUUAGGAUGAAUCAACACUUCAAAAUAAUGUUUACCGUUUUUGUGAUGAGUUCCCCAAAUUGUAAAGCCUCCGUUAGAGCCAUAAUUUGCAUGGUGUUUGGGGAUGAAGUAUCAUCAACUCCAAAACUGAUUCCAGGGCUUGAAAAGGGUACAUGCUCAUUGUUUUUCAAAAAAAGAAUGAUUUAGCAUUUUUUCUUUUCAUUUUGAGCUUCAAAAGGUUGAUCUCAAUUGAAAUAGAACAGAAAAACAAUCUUAAAAGUUCUUAAACCUUGUGGCUCAACUUGAUGGGAACUUUCAGCCAAAGUGGAACUGCACACAUCAUGCACAGUGGUGUGGUACAUAAGGAUUUUUACCAUGGUAGCUUCUUAGGAAAUAGGUAGGCCUUGCUCAGGCACUAUUUUAGAAUAUUAAUUAUUAACUCAUAAUGACACUGUUGUUUGUACAGGUUUUGGUAUCUCUAGCAAAUUGUGGGAUUAUCCAUUUGGUACCCAACCAGACAAGUCACACGUCAAGGCUGCAUAGAUUCCAUUCAUCAUUAUUUACCAAUUGAUAUUAUAAUACACAAUAUAAGGCAAGGGUAUCUACAAUUAGAUGCUGAAUCUUGUUAAAUGCAUUUUGUAAUAUUAAAUAUUUAUUAGGCUCUGAAUUCCAGUAAUUUAUUAAAGAGGAUAAACUAAAGCAGUGUCUUUUUUAUUCUCUUACAUUAGCACCAUGAAUUAGCCACCACAUAAUUUUUUAUUUAUAUAGCGAUAGUUGUGGGUAUAGUGAGUUGAAAAUGACUCAUCUUGGACAGUAACAAUCAUUCACAUUUCUAGGUUUUGUUUAGAGGCAAUUUUCACAGCACUAAGAAUGACUUAUCGUGAUUUUGGUCCAUUACAAUCUGGUAUGAUUCAGAUAUUCUACCAUAAUUAUAUUAGUGGAUCAAUAUUGGUAAUGAUUGUUUUAUUCAUUGAGUUCUUGGUGGUUUUCUUUUUCUGACAGUUGUAAACAUGCUCAUGAGAUGAAAUGGGUAAAAAAGACAAGCAAAUACUUCAGUUUCAAAUGGUUAUCAUAUUUUGGGUGUAGUGUUUUGCUGUUAUUUUCAGUGUUUAAUUCUAGUAAUCAAGCAACAAUAUGUCCAUUCAAGGGAAAACUCAGCUGAGAAGGGUUAUUUGACAUCAUGCUUUAACAAGUUUGAUCAAUGAUUUUCCUCACCAAAUUUUCUCAUUUGGUGCAGAUGUACACAGAUUUUGUCUGUUGUUGUUUUUACCCUGCUUCAGACUUAGACAAAAUGACAUCAAGAAGGAAAUUAAAUUUUUUUUGGAUUUGGGUAAAAACCAAGAUAGCAUAUUCAGACUGUUAAAAUGGAUCCUGGUAACAGUUUCUCCCUGACAGUGUUUUGGCAAUUUUUCAUCCUAUCCAAUUUUCAUUGUAAUAUUGAUGUGUUAACACUGAGUGUAUCUUUCAUCACCUGAUAUUAUAAUCAAUAAUUUUUUAAAUUUUAAUCAGGAGAAAGCAUUCAAUGUUUAAACUUUAAAGUAAUAGUUUUAUUCUUAAUUUUUGCAUCAGUCUGUUGCUUAAAAAAAAUAUUCAAAAGCUUAGGUUUGAGGUAUUCAGUGUGACUUGUACACAUCAUUAACUGAAAGACAAUCAUUAUUUACAAAUGUUAACUUAAAUAUUUCUUGUCCCUGAGUACUAUUCAUAGCUUGACUAUCUAGUUUUUGUGAGAAGUUAGGGUUAGGGAAAUUCAUUUGCAGUCAAGGUUCUUUUGUAAGGGAUAGUAUUAGUAGGCUGAGCUCCUAUUUAAAAUGUAAUGUAAACUUGACUGCAAAUUAAUAGGGUUUUUUGUAGAUUGUUCAAGACCAAACAGUAACUAAAGGUAAACGUGAAACAUGGAGCAAGGUGAGGGGCAAGGCUGAUAGCAGUUUUAUAGUAGAGACUGUUUUGCUAUCCAGGAAGGAGCUACACAUACAAAGAAAAAUGAAUAUUUAGCCAAAGAAGUUUGCAUGAAACAGGGGUUUCAUUUGGUGGUUUUAUUGUGUAUGAAUUUGGUAUGGUUUCAUUUUGCAGUGAUAAUUCUGGUGACAUGUAUUUUUAUUUGUGAUAUCUCCAACACUGGACCAUAUCACUUGAAAAAACUAUUAGUUAUCAAAUUGUAGGGUGUGCAUGCUCUCACUCUACCUUUGGGUUCAAGAUACAGAGGUGGCAUCAAUUAAUUGAUCAAGGCAUUAAUGGGACUAGCUCACAACCUUAUAGGGAACAUUCUGCAUAGGUUAACCUAGUUUGGUUAUUACCCAUAGUAAUGGGCACUAAUACUGUAUUUUGUAAUGCAGCCGAGGCCAUGUUUUGAUGUUCUGGUAUCACAGUGUGCGGUCACUUGUUUCCAGAGUUCUAGGUAGUUCUGGUAUUACAGUAGCAUUGACUUGCCUUAUUAUUAUUAGCUUCACCACUAUUUUUCUUGAACCUUGUGUAUCAAUUGCAUGAACUUAAAUAAAAUAUCUCAAUUCACU